AUGGCUACCCAUACGACAGCAUCAUGCACUGGUUCCACUCUGCUGCAGCCCAUCAGCGAAAUCAUCAACCUCCCACUCGACCAGGUGAAUUUUGUGGCCUGCCAACUCUUCGCACUUCUCAUGGCUUUAUGGUUCCGGAUCUACCUCCAUCCCAGUAAGAGCAGCCCUUUUGUUCGGCAUGUGGUGGCCAUGCUGCUGGGCUUCUACCUGGCACUGUUUUGCUUUGGCUGGUACUCCCUCCACUUCCUGGUGCAGAGCGGUCUCUCCUACGGCGUCAUGAUCUUUGCUGGUUUGGAGAACAUGCACAGGUACUGCUUCAUCGUGACGUUGGGCUAUCUGAUCCUCUGUCAGAUCACUCGAGUCUACGUCUUUGACUAUGGAAUGUACUCUGCAGAUUUUACAGGGCCCAUGAUGGUUAUAACGCAGAAGAUCACCAGCAUGGCUUUUGAAAUUCAUGACGGUUUGACAAAGCGCGAGUCACAGUUGAGCCCCAAUCAGAAAUACCUUGCUAUCAGGAGGAUGCCCAGCCUGCUGGAGUACCUCAGUUAUAACUGUAACUUCAUGGGUAUUUUGGCUGGUCCCACUUGCUCCUACAAUGACUACAAGGCUUUCAUUGAGGGCACAAACUACCAGCCUCGGCAUCAUGACAAUGCCAACGGUAAAGAGAAUGGCAAAUGGAAGCAGAGUGAGCCCUCUUCUCAGAACGCUGUGGUGUCCAAACUGUGCACAUGUGCAGUCUCACUCGGGGUGUACCUGUCCCUGUGCAAAGUGCUCCCAGUGGAACAUGUCAUUAAGGAGGAGUUCCUCUCGUCUGUGCCAGUCUACACUCAGGUUGUCUACCUGUAUCUGGCCAUGCUGGCGCUCAGGCCCAAGUACUACUUUGUGUGGACGCUUGCUGAUGCCAUUAACAAUGCUGCAGGAUUUGGUUUUAAUGGAUACGACAUAGACGGAACUCCGCGCUGGGAUUUGAUAUCCAACCUCAGAAUUAUGGACAUCGAGUUUGCCACAAGUUUUAAAUUAUUCCUCGACAAUUGGAACAUCCAGACAUCCCUUUGGCUUAAGAGGGUCUGUUACGAGAGAUGUCCGGUCAACCCCACUGCAGCCACCUUCCUGCUGUCGGCCCUGUGGCACGGAGUUUACCCCGGCUACUACAUGACUUUUGUCACCGGGAUAGUGGUGACGAUGGCUGCACGAGCAGUGCGACACAACAUCAGGCCGUACUUCCUGGUUUCAGAUUCCCAUAAAAGAGUGUAUGAUGUCAUGACGUGGGCCGCCACACAGGUCGCCAUCAGCUACACAGUGGUGCCCUUCGUGCUCCUCGCUGUGGGGCCAUCGCUACAGUUCUACAGGUCGUGGUACUUCAGUCUCCAUUUCCUGUGUUUACUACUGGCCAUGGCUCUCCCCGUGAAGCGGCGCAAACGGCAGCAAGACUCCCUGGUCGACCACAGCAGCACAGACAACAACUGCAACCAGAAAGACAAGAGCUCCUGA